CCAUUGCUGAGGGAGAUCCCGGGAUCACACAACGUGCCAGGGGGGAUUGGACCCUCAAGGAUCAUCGAGUGAAACUCCUGUCCCUUCACAAGAGUCAUCCCAUGUGCCCCAGAGUAUUGUGCAAAGAGCUGUUGAACUGUGUGAGGCUUGGUGCUGUGAGCACUGCCCUGCUGCCAAGUGCCCAGGAGGCAGGAAGGGGCAGCAGGCUGGGGCAGCGGGAUGUGCUGGGGUGGCAGCCGGGGGGAUGCUGACUCAGGGAGGGGCAGGAGCGGCCCAGCCCUGGUGUCAUCAGCAGCAGGGAGUGUCCCCUGUGCACAUUGGCCCGGCCGGGGCUGAGCCGUGGUGGGGCUGCUAUAAAAGGCCUGGCCGGGCCAGGCUGUGCCAAGCUGCUCUGGCCACCUUGUCCUCGGGGAAAAGGAGCUCCAGCGCAUCCCUGGCCGAGAUGUCCUGCUACGAGCUGUGCCCCCCCAAAGCCAGCGUGGCUGUGCCCAAGCCCAGCGUGGCUGUGCCCCAGCCCAUCGCCGAGAGCUGCAACGAGCUGUGCGCCCGCCAGUGCCCCGACUCCACGGCCUUCAUCCAGCCGCCCCCCGUGGUGGUCACCUUCCCCGGCCCCAUCCUCAGCUCCUUCCCCCAGCAAGCCGUGGUGGGCUCCGCCGGAGCCCCCGCCUUUGGGGGCUCCCUGGGGCUGGGGGGCCUCUACGGCCAAGGGGCCACCCAGGCCUCGGGGGGCCUCUGCACCUUUCCCACAGCCUGCGCUGCUCCCGCCUGCAGCCCUUGGCUCCUGCCCCGCUACUCCAGGAAAAUCUGGGACACCUGCGGGCCCUGCUAGACCCAGCCCACACCCCACUGACAGCGCUCACCACGCUCCACAACCCACCAGCUGCACAACAGCCCUUGGCCUCCUCCAGCCCGGCACCACCAGCCUGCCUGGCU